AAGGUUCUCGGAAAUGGCGAAUGUUUCAACAUCAAAAGGAAGAUGGAGCAACCUCUCGAAAUAUGCUUCUAGAAUUUUCUUUGUCCUCAUCUUCCUUCAGGUCCCUUUGUUCAGGGUGCCAUGCAGAUCUGGUAUGUGCUCAACGCCUAUGGAAGUCACUUCUUCCCAGUUGAUUUCCAGUGAGAUCUUUCCUCUUCCAUUAGUGAAGGCCAUGCUCUAUCCUGGUGCAGUUGCUAAUGGCUUAAUCACAAGCAGGACGGUUCCAAGCUGGGAUAAUCUGCUAAACAUCUACAACCUGACAAAUGUGAAGGAAGCCUCAGCUGUAACUGACCUACAACGCUUGGAGGUUCUUGCUGGAAGCUAUUUUUCUGUGGCUGGAGCUCUUAUUGGGAUAUUAAAACCUGGAAGAAUGAGCAUGUUUGGGACGCUACUUAUUGUUUGGGGGCUUAUCAAGGAAGGGAUACUUAACAAACCGACAAAAGUGGAUGCUGAGAGGGCAGUGUAUGUGUACCCAACAAUGUUGCUAGCAUUGGUAUGUUCUUUCAUGUCUGUGAAGUAUGAUAUGAAAAAGGUGACAAGAGGUGCCCCAGCUAGACCUGUUGCAAAACCUCUGAAAAGUUCUUCAAAAGCUAAGCUGAAAUGAGCAUGAUUUUCAGACUUUCAAUCUCCCCGUAGUUCUUACUUACUGCUUUCAUUCUUUUUUACCCUGAGAAAUGCACUUGUCUGGACUGUAUAUUGUAAUAGAGGAGAAGAGAAAUCAAAUCUGUAAGUUUUAAAGUUGCUGUUAUGCUCAAGUAUAUUUCACUGUUUUUGGUUUCA